AUGCUGUUACUCGCGACGGUCUUCUCGCGACUCCUUCGGCCAAGCAAGAAGAACGGAGACGGUGCUAGACAAGGCUUCUGUUAUCGACUGGUUCGACUUGUGGCUGCUAUUGUCAGAAGGUAUCUGGUACCUGAGUGUCAAAAGGUGUUCAAGCACACAACAAGAUUACAGAUUCUGGUUCUGUUCGUUCUUUGUGCCUAUCUCACCGCAUUCUCUCUGGCCGGUAUUACAUAUAAGACAUGGGUGACUCCAGUCAAAGGCACCAAUCUGCACAACAUUCGCAGCGGCAUUGGUGGCUUUGCCGACCGCCUUGGUGCGUUUGCGUUUGCCUUGACUCCCUUGACAAUCGCGUUGUGCGCCCGCGAUUCAGUACUCAGCUUGCUCACUGGUAUCCCAUACCAGAGCUUCAACUUCUUGCACCGCUGGACGGGGCGAAUCAUCUUAGUCCAAAGCUUUAUCCAUGCUAUCAUAUGGACCAUCGUCGAAGGACGACUCUACCAGCCCCAACCGACCGUAUACAUUGAGUGGAUUAAACAGAAGUACAUGAUUUGGGGCAUUGUGGCACAGAGCUUUAUCACCUUUCUCUUCGUCUUCAGCCUGAGGCCUGUAAUCCGCUGGACAGGUUACGAGUUCUUUCGCAAGUCCCACUUGAUUGUUGCUGGCCUAUACAUCGGGGCAUGCUGGGGCCACUGGGAACAACUAUCAUGUUGGAUGAUAGCAUCUUCAGCCAUCAUGGGUUUUGACCUCGUCGCACGCACAGUCCGUACCUGCCUCAUACACUUCAGGUACAAAGAUGGAAGCAGCGGCUUCGGCUUCCGUUCCAUUCCUGCGAAGAUGGAGGUCCUCAAAGACCCAACAGGGACAAUCAUCCGCAUGACGUUCUCCUACAGCCAUCAACCCUGGGAACUUGGUCAACACUUCUACCUUACCUUCCCAGCGCUCAGCAUCUGGCAAUCGCACCCUUUCACACCAGCAUCGAAUCCAACUACAAUCUCUCCAGUGCAAAGCCAUGUUUACAUCAUCCGCGCCUGCAACGGCGAGACCAAAAAACUAGCCGAACUUGCGGAGGCAGCUGCAAGCCGCUACCCUUACGGCGACGACACGACACCAGUUAUUCUGCAAGGACCAUACGGCGGCUCAAUCCUGAACGAUGAGGUCUCAAACAUCCUCGCCAUCUCCGGCGGCACAGGCAUCACCUAUACCCUCCCCAUCAUCAUGGCCGCGGUCGCCGACUCGUCACCCAUAAGCAACAUCGAACUCGUAUGGACUAUUCGGCAUCUCGAGAAUCUGGCGUGGAUCAGCCCCGAGCUGGCGUACCUGAAGUCGCAGCUCGACCAGACGCUCACACGAACGACUAAUAGUCAUGACAAGGAUAAGAUUGGAAAAGCGCCGAUUGUGAGCGUGGAGACGAAGAAGCGCUUCCGGAUCCGGAUCUUUGUUACAAGGCCUGACGCUAGGAUGCUUUCGCGACAGCAACAGCCUCACCAGCAAUACGGAGAGAAGAGCAAGGAUUACGGGUUCAAUGACAAGCUUUCACCUGUACCAUCAGCGUCAAGUACUUACUCAGCGCCUCUGAACCGCGGACUCGAAGAUCUGAUUCAAGAGCAUCCCAACUUUAGCAUCACGUACCUCGACAACACACGGCCGGAGGUUUCGUCGUUGGUCGAUGCGUUCCUGGAUGAGACAGUGGAGAAGGGGAGGACGCAGGUCAUUGGCUCUGGGCCGCCGGAACUGGGAUCGCAGAUCAGGACCGCUGUUGCGGCAAAGAACCGGCCUGGCGAUGUGUGGCGCGGGGAUGAUAAGCGGGAUGUCGAAUGCGUAUGGGAUGAUAGGAUGGGUUGA